AUGGCCUUCGACUGCUACUGCGCCAUCUGCGGCGUGGGCUUCUCUGGAAUGCGCAUUGGCUCGCCCUCCGAUGCCACCGCCGCGCGCCGACAGCAGUAUGUCGAGAGCAUCUCUCGCUCGCUGGACGCGAGACAUAGCCCUUUAGCUCCCCAAGAUGAGUCGAUAUACAGCUACGACCCGCGCUUGGUCGAUCGGGGCAGUGUCGCCUGGACGUCUGAGGUGCACUGUCUCGGGGUGCACGAUGUCCAGGGCAAGACCAAAGCGUUCAUUUCCGGGCCUGGAUACUACGCAGAUGCCGGCGAGCUGGCUGUCAAGAUGGGACAGCGUGCAAGGCGAACAUACUUCAACUGCUACGGCUUUGGGACAGACGACGCCCCUGGCCCAGUGGUGCCCUUCCACUGGUGCUGUUUCGAGAUCCUCCUCCGCUCUCUGACCGGCUCUGAUGAUCCUAAAAACGCCAAUCUGGACGUCCUGUACGAUGCCAUGAUGAGCCUGUGCAACGUAUCGGGGUCUGCGCUGCGCCUUGCAUACGGCGACCAUGUUGCGCAUGCUCAAGGGCAGUACUGGCAGUGUCUCCCGGGGGCAGAGUACUCCGUGCGGCAUCCUACAGACACAGCCAGCUUUGACGAGCUCGCGCGGAGGCAGAUCAAGACCACAAGCAGACUCCACGCACCUCCAAAGCACUUUGAUAUCGGCAGUCGACAGCCCAGAAACCCAUUCGGCGCGCUGCCUGCUGAGCUGGUCUACCAAAUCUGCUCCUUUCUUCCAGGCCAGUCGCUCAAGUCUCUCAUCCAGGCCUCUGCCUUCGUCCACCUCCUCACCCAAGACGACUACUUCUGGAGAUGCUUCAUUCAGUCGGACAUGCCGUGGCUCUGGGAGAAGCAGGUGUUGCGCCAGUCAGAUACGGACCUGAACCACAAGCAGGUCUAUAUCUGGCUGGAUGCAAUCACCGCUCCAAAGCACGGCCUGGAAGACGCGGCCUUGAUGGGCAUUGCCAACCGUCGACGCAUCUGGAAUGCUUGCGACGAGCUGUCUCGGAACUACAAGGCAUUGUCCGUCAAUCGAGUAACUUGCCCAUAA